GUCGUGUAUGUCUUUGGAUGCGCGACGUUGUACUCAAACAGCAAGCCGAGACCGAAACCAAAAGAAGACUCGACUAGUGGGGACCCUUCUCUAUCUCGAUCGGAUGGCGGAGGAGGACUCAACGCAUUGAAUCCUCCACUCGUCUCGAAUCUUCCGGCGGUUUUUGCAAGUGCGCAUAAAUGGGCGGAGGGACCUAUACGGUGUUGACUUAUCAGGGGCUUCGUCCUACACCCGCUCGCCUAUAUAACCUCGCUUGUGCAUCAGAUCCUCUAUCCCCCACUUUUUCUUUGCAUUUAGGCCUCCGCGCAGACAGCUCCCAUCCGCGUCCACCCCGCGCACUUGUACAUCGCCUCUACCCCACAUCUCCACUUGACAGGUCCUGAUAGGUCAUAGUCACCUGAGACCGCGUCUUCAACCCUACAUCCGCGUCCUCCAUUCCUCAUCCUUGUGCCGUGCCGCACGUCACUUACCGGCUCAGCCCCUCGUCAAUUUGCGCCCGCGCAUAUAAGCCUCCGCAUUACUCCAGCCCGCUCUUCAUCCUUUGCAUCAUCUCUUCAUCAGUUACCACCACCACUAGAAGUCCAUACCCAUACAUAACCCAACACCAACACACUACAGCUCUAGUCAUGUUCGAAGCCACGUAUAACUCCCUUGCUCAGAUGUUCAACACCUCCCCUCCUCCGUACAACCACUUUGCCGCCCCACCUCCACCCAAGGGCAAGGGCAAGCGUGCCCAGUGGGAGCGCCGCCAACGUACCGAGUCCUCCGCCAGCCAGCUCAUCAUUCCCGUCGUCGGUGUCGUCCCAUCCUGCGCCGUUGUGCCCCAAGUUACUGCCCCACCCUCGCCGGACUAUCAUGUUUCAGGUGGAUCGGCUCACGGUCGCCAGUCAAGUGAAAGCGUUGCGCUUUCGCGCAUGAGCCGGCCAAGACGGAACGGACGAGAUCGGUCUGUUGACAGCGCAUUGACGGAGGACACGGAAGGCCUCGACGGCAGCAUCCAGGGUUCAUUCUCGUCGCGUAGCUCGAGCUUCGGUAGUGAGAAGGAACACGAGCAAGAUGAUGUACAAGUUGUCCACAAGGAAGGCCAAGAGUUGAGACAUCGUCGCUAUGCGACUUUCUAGACGUUCUCGACAGUCUGAACAAGCUCGGGCGCAUCUCCUGUCCCUUGGGUCUGCGAGCCGUAGCUCCGGUUUCGCCGGGAGACGCCGCAGACGUCAGACUCCACCUUUUCUUGAUCAUACGCACAUUACUCUAUCAUUCUGAUUCCAAGUCUACACUCCGCCCCUUCUUCGACAAAACCUCAGGCGCAGAACGCCCUAGACGGCGCUCAGAGGCUCCAUGCGACACUUGACCCACCUCCACCCUUCCAUUAUCGUCCGAAAACUUCUCCUCAGCCCAUCACUGCUAUGUCAUCACGGCACCUUACCCCCUGGCACGUGAGGCUGUACUCCAC